AUGAUUGUCGUCAGGCUCGCCGCCCUAUUGGCAGCAUUGAGCUCGCCAUGCCUGGCGCAAUUCCCCGUUGCCGACCUUAAGACACUUAAUUUAACCGUCGCAAGGUCGCCUGCCGACAACAACGUCACCAUUUCAUACAAGGAGCCGCAAGGUGCUUGCAAAACUGCUUUCCGCCAGCAGAAGCAGUAUACAGGCUGGGUGCAUGUGCCUGGGACUUACUCAACAAAUCUCUUCUUUUGGUUCGUCGAAGGUCGCCAAAAGACGGACAGUCUGACGAUAUGGCUCAAUGGUGGACCUGGGUCGAGCUCCAUGUUUGGGUUUUUCGCUGGGAAUGGGCCAUGCGAGGUAAUUGAGAAGGGCGUGAACAAGUAUGAGACAAUUGCUCGGGAAUGGGGUUGGGAUCGAGCUUCCAAUAUGCUCUUCAUUGACCAGCCCAAUCAAGUCGGCUUUUCAUACGAUACACCUACUAAUGGCACACUCUCUCUGCUUAAUGGGACCGUUCGCCAGCCGCCUACGCGGGGAAGUGAUUCCUUGCCCCCUUGGACAUCCAUGAAUGGGACAUUCAGCACCAUGAACACGAGCACCACAGCUAAUACGACAGAGACUGCGGCCGUCGGCGUAUGGCAUCUGGUUCAGGGUUUCCUCACGACCUUUCCCCAGUACCAGCCGCAGCCCAACAGCUCAGUAGCUGUCAAUCUCUUUGCCGAAAGCUAUGGUGGACGAUAUGGGCCAGUCUUCGCUGAGCAGUGGGACUCGCAGAAUCAAAAGCGAAUUACAGGGCAGUUAGAUCCCAAUACCACCGUCGAGGUUCGUCUAAGCUCCUUGGGUAUUGUGAAUGGCUGCGUGGACCAGGAAAUCCAGGUUCCCUACUAUCCAAUCUUCGCCAACCACAACACAUAUGGAUACAAAGCUCUAGCAGACGAAGAAGCCAGUUUUUACAGUGCCAAAUUUAACGCCACUGGUGGCUGUAAAGACAAAGUCCAGCAAUGCAUGGCCGCGGCAACGGCGCAAGACCCAUUGGGCCAGGGAAAUCAGGACCAGGUGAAUCGGUUGUGUGCGGCGGCGAAUACUGCGUGCCUGACACUCCAGCAGCCAUACUACAAUAGUGGUCGCAGCCCGUACGACCUUGCAGCCCCUUACCGGGAUCCUUAUCCUGCUCUGCGAUUCCUCGACUAUGUCAAUCAAGGCACGAUUCUCCAGACUAUUGGCUCACCAGUCAAUUACACCAUGUCGAGCACUGCGGUUUUCGAAGUGUUCCAGGACACGGGCGACCUGUCCAAGGGCGGCAACAUAAAACGAUUGGCAGCUCUUCUCAACCGUGGUGUUCGUAUCGGCUUCAUAUACGGUGAUAGAGAUUACAUUUGCAACUGGUAUGGUGGAGAAGCAGUAUCUUUGGGAGUUGCAAACCAAGCCGGCCUCAAUUACGCGGCAAAAUUCCCUGCGGCUGGCUACGCACCCAUCAUUGUCAACGACUCGUAUGUCGGCGGCCUGGUUCGGCAGUAUGGCAACUUGUCGUUUAGCCGUAUUUACCAGGCUGGACACUCUGUACCGUGGUACCAACCCGAGACGGCAUUCCAAGUAUUCGCACGCAUCAUGAUGGGCACGUCCGUAUCCACUGGGGAGACUAUCAACCUAUCUACUUUCAAUACCACAGGAUCCUCCGCUGCUUCCCACACGGAUAAGCUGCCAGCAAUGCCCUCAUCGACGUGUUAUGUCCGCGCAUUUGCAGAUACAUGCGACUAUGAUGCCCAAGCCCUUGUCUCUGGGCACAACGGUACCGUGAUCAAUGGUAUUCUAUACAGCAAAUCAGAAGACUGGCCGCUGGCUACUACAAAACCUCCGUCUGCUACAACCGGCAAAGCCACCAGCACUAGCGAGACAUUGACGGGUGUAUUUACGGCGACGAAAACGCCGGAUAGUGAGAGUGACGCUCACUCACAACGAGUUGCCAUGACUUGGAUUAUGAUUAUGAGCUUCUUGGUUGUACAUAUGGUAGGAAAUUGGGUCUAA